UGCAGACGAGGCCGACCUGUUUCUCUGCCACGCGUGUUUGUACAAGCCCUGCUUCUUCCUGUUGGAUUAAUAUGCCAGUGUGAAGAUGCCAAAUCCAGGCUUGCUUACUAGAUACUAGAGUCAGGGAAGAGUCACGCGAGAGUCACGCAGACGUAAGCACUCAACCCCGGCCGCGUGUCGUUUCAGGGCUGCGUGUGGGGACAGAGGAGACGACGUGACAAACACCAGCGGGAACGUGACAUUCGGGCAAGUGGGAGGAGAAGAGGAAUUAGAUCUCAAGUCAUCGACAGCGACCUCACGGAGUGACUACACAAUCAGGGGUUUAUAGCCACUGUUGUGUCAUGACACCCCGAGAGCAUCUGAGGAAGAUGACCGCUCUGGGAGAGCAGGGCCCUAUCGAUGAAAAGCACUGGUACCGAAUGGUCAACGGCAUGUCUGCAGGGGAGCUAAGGCAAAGGCAGGAGAUGAUGAUGAGGAAUCAGAUGGCCAUGGCUCCACAGCUCCUGGCACAGGGCCAGCAGCGGCUGCAGAGCGUCCCAGGCCAGUUUGAGCCCCGUUUUAUGGACCGCGAGUUGGUGACUCCAACUGAGGUGUCGGAUGCACGGCAGGUCCACAUGGGUGCCCACCUUGGCCCUCCCCUGACCCCCCAUGCCAACAUCAUGCCGACUAGAGGAUUCCCAGGAGCAGGAUAUAGCUUCCUACCUUCAGAGCCCAUGGAGAUGGUUGCCCGGCGACAGGAGAUGCUUCACAAGCAGAAUAUUGCCAGAAUGGAGAUGAAUGCCAUACUGCACCAAAAGGAGAUAGAAAAUGCCCACCAGAAGGGGCUUCUCGGUAUUGAGUCCCCUAUGGUGUUCCAGGGUAUCCCACCAAACAGUAUGGUGUACAGGGGGCGCCAGAGAGUUCCCGAGGGGCACCUUCCCAGUGAUGUCUAUGUACACCGUACCACCCUGGAGGACCUGCAGGCCAACAGCCUGCUUAUGUCUGCCAGUCCUUAUCCACCAAUCAGCACACUGCAGAGAGAGAGGGGGCGGAGGACCAGCAGGAGGGCAGCUAACCACAAGGCUGCAGACAGCAACUCAGCUGGCUCUAAGGGACAAUUGGAGGACAAGAGUGUUGAACAGAGCCUGGGGGUCUUAGGGGAGGAGAAGGAGGCAGAAGAGAAGGGUGAGCCAGGGAAUGAGAUGGGGAAUAAGGCAGAUCUGACGAAGAUGGACGCCGAACUGACAUCUGGCAGUGGGAAAAACUACAAGGACUGUGAAUCAGGGCUUCGCAAAAAUGGCACCAUUAGCCAGGAAGGCUGUGCAGAUGCUGCCACCUGCAACCCUGGCACUGGGGACAAGGACAUGCCCAACCCCUGCUCCACGUUUCAUGAGAAGUUCAUGUACCCAUCCUCCUCCACCGCACUUCCAAACGUACCUUACAUUUUCCCAGUGCCGGGCAAUGGACUCCUGCCUUCCGUAGGGCCCCACGGUGUUUUUUUGAAUGGUGAGGACAUGUCAUCCGCUGAAGACCUCCGGAAAUGGACAGUGGAAGACGUGUAUAAUUUCAUCAACAACAUCCCCAGCUGUUCAGAGUAUGCACAGACGUUCAAGGAUCACAUGAUAGAUGGAGAGACUCUGCCCCUCCUCACGGAGGAGCACCUUUUGGACACACUCGGGCUAAAACUGGGCCCAGCACUCAAGAUCCGAUCCCAGGUCUCUCGGCGGCUGGGAAGCAUGUUCUACAUGAUGAACCUGCCACUCGCCUCUGCUGCCCUGCAGGCCAACCCAGAGAAGGCAGGCGACCGGACUUCGGAGGUCAGCUCCCCUUUCAACUGUAACAGCAUGGAGAUCUUGGUCAGCCCCUGCACCAGGGACACGGAGAGCACCAAACCCCCUGACGAGAACACACCACCACAGGUCCCCGGUGAAACUGUGUAAACAGUGUGAAGCAGGGUGUGCUGGACUGUGAGCCCUACAAUGCUGCACAAUACCCAUCAGACUCAGGUUUACCCAUUGUUCCCCAACAAAUACUCUGUCCCCUCUGGAAAUAACUAACUAGCACACCAACAUUUCUGAUGGGACAGAUCUGUAAGAACCUAGUUAUUUCUGUUUCAAAAAGCACUUGGUACUUUGACUGACGUUAUCUCUUUAGAACAAUGUAAACAUGGGGACAAGCUCAUGAAAAGGAUGGAGCAGCUAUAUUCAAGAGUAAUUUUUGCAAAUCCUCAGUGGUUGAAUAAAUUACAAUGAUGCAAAGCAGUUGCAUCAGAAAGGACAAAGGGGAGACUAAUAUGAAGUAUGGACUGUGACUUCUUGUCUCUCAAAUAUGAAAUUAUAGGCUGUCUUGGGUUCUACGUGUUGUGUCAGUUGUACAAAGAAAAACACUUCUGUAACUUAUGAUUUAUUAUGAACGUUUUGUGAUAAAUUGUUUUUUACAAGGA